AGCCAAUGGGAGCACAGUAUUCAUCGCACCGGUUAAAUGAAGCGCUGUGAUUGGCCGCACACUUGAACAGGUGCUGUGCGUCAUCCGCCAUAACGUACGUGAAUGUGAAAGUGUGCUUUGUUUAGAAUAUUGUUAAAUCCAGUGUUGUGUAAGUUAUUAAUUAAGGUACAGUGUUAUUAAAGUGUAAAGUGUUAUCUAUGUGUUAUUAACUUAUUAAUCAUGACCGAGUGGUACAGAAUGAAUACGGGAUUGACUAAGCAUAAUUCUACGGAACUGUCGGAAGAAAUGUCAGAUUCCUUCAAUACAUUUACGGAAAAUCUGAGUCCUAUCCCGCCAGUGUUUCCAAGGAAGCUGGAUUUUAGUUAUCCCGAUGAUGAAGAGAAAGUGGGAUCUCCAGCGCCUUCAUCAAUGAGUCCACCAUACAGAAAAGUUCGAGCUUUGAGGUUGUUCGACAGUCCCCGAACGCCGAUGAGCCUACUGGAGAAAUGCUCAUCAACACCAUCCCACAACACGUCGAGAUCGCGACUGUUUCCACCCAAACUUAAUACUGUACCAUGCAUUACCACGGGCUCCAGCCAUCACCUGCACCCGCCGGACGAGGACAGUGCGCUCGGCAGUAUGCAUGAGGACUGUAAACCCGUGGCCAACAUCAACCCGUUUACUCCUGAUGGUCAAGCAUUGAAUAAGAAGAAGCGGGCGCUCUCCAAAACACCAACGUCUAUGGGAGAUGGCACACCGGAGCAGCCUGCUAAAAGAUUGAGGGAGUCUAACAUAUCUCGCUACAACGUAGAGUUUAUCGAGCUCGACGUGAUCGGCCGCGGCGAGUUCGGCCGCGUCACGCGCUGCGUCAACAAGCUGGACGGAUGCGUGUACGCACUCAAGCGGUCCCUCAGGCCUGUCGCGGGCUCUGCGCAGGAGCGUGCCGCGCUCACCGAGGUGUACGCGCACGCCGUGCUAGGGAAACAUCCCAGGGUCGUCAGAUACUACUCGGCGUGGGCAGAAGACGACCACAUGAUAAUCCAAAACGAGUAUUGCUCGGGUGACAGCCUUCAGCAGAUGAUGGAGAACGGACCGCUGCCUGAAAGUGAACUGUUACUACUGCUGUCCCAUGUUGCUGAUGGUUUAGCUUACAUCCACUCGUUACAACUCGUACACAUGGACGUGAAGCCUGGUAACAUCUUCGUGUGCAGCCGAGAAGGCGAACCAGCGGCGGACUCAGACGAUGACGACUAUAACACCAACACGCACAUAUACAAGAUCGGUGACCUGGGCCACGUGACGUGCGUAUCAUCCCCGCGCGUAGAGGAGGGAGACUGUCGCUAUCUCACUCGCGAGAUCAUUCAGGAGGAUCUCACACAUCUCACCAAGUCGGACAUAUUCGCCUUCGGUCUGACGCUGUUCGAGGCGGCGGGCGGCGGGCCUCUCCCCAAGAACGGUCCGGGCUGGCACGCGUUGCGCGACGGACAGCUGCCCGAACUACCCGGCAUCUCCCGAGAGUUCCACCAACUCAUACAGAAAAUGAUCGACCCGGACCCAAACCAGCGACCGUCCGCGAGCCGCCUGCGGAAGCACCCGCUGCUCCACCCGGCCGGCAAUAAGAGCAAGACGCAACUAACGAGGGAGCUAGCGGCCGCUAAGCUUAAAAACGAGUUGCUUACGAAGAAACUAGACGAAUAUGCGAGAUGUAUAAAGUCCCUAACCCCCGGCCGCCUGGUGAGCCAGGACUCCGCCAAGUUCCGCACGCGCUCCGCAAAACGCAUGCAAAAACCGAGGGAUCAUCUCGACACCAUGCAAACUACGAAUACGCCCAUGCACCGCUUGGACAGGCGGACGGACAGACGGAAAAAGGUAUAGAUAUAUAGCAUAUUGACAGAGAAAUUAAUAAUUGGAACUAUAAAUACAAAGGAUUUUGAUUGUCACGAGGAGACGGUGGAAUAUAUAGGUUUAUAGAUAACUGACCGGUUUUAAACUAAUACUAAUACAUAGGGAAACUUUGCGGAGGGGGGCACACAAUCCCACAGUCUGAGGUUUAUCGCGAAAUAAGAAAAUCUAAAUUUCGUAAUCUAACAUCUCUGUCACUUGCAUAUUCUAGCGAUAAAAAGGCAGAUAGAGAAAUUUCGGAUUCGCGUUUCCCGGUAGGUCCUCUGUAAACAAACCGCUUUGAUGCAUCGAUGUCAUAUUUUAUUAUCUCUGAAAACUUCUCAAAAAACUGUUAAAGGCACAGUGUAUAAGCUCCUCUAUGGUUUACCAAAGAGGCUAGUGCUGCACUCUGGUGGCGGAACAUUGCAGUAAUACCCCCUAUUUAGUUCGCAUUUCCUAGAAUUUCCUUCUACAUCUAAAUAUUUAGUACUAGUGGGCACACGAAAUGUAACAAAUAAAUAUAUCGCUUUUGUGUUGUGCUGUACACACUCGUAGAGACAACCCGAUACUGGAUGAGAACGAGUGUAUACAUACUGGUCCCUUUUCGUCUCGCUCUUACUCCGAGACUCUAGGAGACGCUCUUGACGAGUGUGUAGGGUAAGGUAGGAAACAGUGGCUCAGUCGCCCCGAUAUCGCUAUCAUGUUGGAAUUAGGUUGAGUGAGUCACUGUACCCGGCUAAUUUCUGCGAGCCACUGUUUCCUACCCUACCCUACAGCGGGCAUUAAAUUGUUUACAAAAUCAAGCUAUAAUUAUUGUAAACAACAUUUGAACAACAUAUGUGGUAUUUUCUACAAAAAGCGCUUGGAGAUGGCGCUUACGCCAUUAUAAACGAUGCUUCAAUAUCGACAAUAAGGUCCCUUUUCAUAGAAAAUGCCCCAUAUUACGAAUAAGGAUACAACUAUAAUAGUGUAAUAGAGACUAAUUACUAUUGGGGAUUAUUUUUCUUAGUUGUUACCACUGGGGAUAAGGGGUCAUCUAUU